AUGUCGCCUCUGCCUCCCUCCAAGAGGGGCUGGGAUACAGUCCAGCCCGAUCUCAUGAUAGACCUCAGCAGGAGACUGGCGGCGGAUGAGUACCACCCCAUUAAGAACCCAGAGGGCAUCAUAGACUUGGGAUCGGCCAUCAAUGGUUUGAUGCAGCAAGACCUUGGCCCCUGGGUCCAGCGGCGCCUCAAAGGCCUGCCUACCGCAGAGCACCUCCAGUACAACGACACCCAGGGCUCUGCCAAGCUCCUGCAGUCCGUCGCGGGUUUCAUGAACUGGUACUUCCGGUGCCGCAAGCCUCUCGGACAGGACAACGUCCUGAUCGCCAACGGCGUGACCACCCUGCUGAACUCCUUGGCCUUCAACAUCGCCGACGAAGGCAGCGCCGUUCUCAUGCCGACGCCGAGCUACGGCAUGUUCUCCCACGACGUCGUUACUAGAAACUCGCUCCACCUCGUCCCCGUGCCCUGCGACGACAUCGUCGAGGAGCGCUUCCGAUGCAGCCAGGGGAGCGCCCGCGCGUCCUCGGCCUGGCAUUCUGAGCUCGUUCGCCGCUUAGAAAGGACUUUCAAAGACAACCUCUCCACCGGGCGUAGGACCGCGGCUGUCCUGUUGGCGAACCCCGAGAACCCUCUGGGCCGCUGCUACGAUCCAGAAGUGCUGCUGGAGGUCUCGCGGUUCUGUGAGAAGAACCGGCUGCACCUCGUCGUGGACGAGAUAUACGCGGCGACGGCGUUUUCAAAGCAUCACAGCAUGCUCGGCUUGGACCUCGGGUCCAACGCGGAGAACGUGCAUGUCCUCUGGGGCAUGAGUAAGGACUUUGGAUGCGGUGGUCUCCGGCUCGGGUUCCUGGCCACUUACAACGCGAAACUCCAUGCCGCAAUGAGGACUUUGAGCAUGUUCGGUUGGGUCAGUGCAUGGAGCGCCACAGUGGCGUCCCUGAUUCUCGACGAUAGACACUUCCUGCAAAACACCUACUUCCCGACCCUCAAAAGGCGGCUGGACACCCGCAGAGACCAAGUUAUGGCACAGCUCGCCCAGCUAGGUGUCCCUUUCGUGUCACCGGAAGCCGGCUUCUUUGUCUUUAUCAAUCUCUCGAGGUGGCUCGACAGAGUCCCGACACAUGCCAGACGCGGCAGCGCCGAGCUCGAGUUGCUAUCUCGACUAAUGACAAACCGUGUGUUUCUGGAGCCGGGCCAGGCCUUCUUCUCCGCCAGGCCGGGCUGGUUCCGUCUAAACUUUGGGAAUGACGAGAAAACCGUCGAUCUUGGCCUCAGGAAACUGGCUGCCUUUUUGCAGUCAGUCACAUUUCGGGAGAGUAUAGACGAUGCCGAGGACGAAGUAGUCCUCGAGAAGCUGGGCCAUGCCUCUCACCAGCUAGGAGAGACUACUCGGUUCCGGCGAUGGAGACGUCAGCUCUGUUUCGGAGCAGGUGACGAUGCGUAG